AUGUUGUUUUGUUAUGCCGGUACCGUGUUCGGCUCACAAAAGAUGAACGAAACGAGCGAUGUGCAGCCCUUAACGCGACUGUCAAUUGAUACCGUAGAGAUUGCUUUCCUUUCGGUGAUUAUCGUCUUUGGCACUCUAUUAAAUAUCAUCAGAUUCAUGCAAAUUAUACGUCAUUCCAGAACGCCAACGGCUAAAACCAACUUCCUCUCGGGUCCGUAUCAGAUCAGUUCAUUCACAUUGUUUCAACUCAAUUUAUGUAUUACUGACUUCGCCAUUUUGUUGGUUCAUGCACUCGGCAAGGUUGUUUGGCUAUUCACGUAUGAAUGGCCAUUCGGUGAAGCGAGUUGUAAAAUCUACCAAUUUCUCUCGGCAUUCACCUAUUACAGCAAUUCGAAUGUUGUUGUCGCGAUAGGCAUUGAUCGUCUCAAAGUUGUUUAUACGAGUCAUAUUCAAGGUGCAACUUCAGUAAGACGAGUGCGGUAUAUGUUAUUGAUAGCAUGGAUAAUCGCAUGUAUUUGUAGUGCACCUCAAUUUUAUGUGUGGACAACGAUUGAAGUGACUGCUGAUUGGAUGCAGUGCAGCACUAUAUGGGAGAUAGCUACUCAUCAGGGUCGUUCGUCAGCCGCAUUCGAACGCCUUCAGAUGAUCUACGAAUUAAUACAUCAAGCACUUGUGGUGUGGCUGCCAUCGCUAUUACUGUCAUUGUCAUACGUUCUGAUUGUUAUUCGAAUUCUACAUUACACCUGUCGGCCAGGUUUACACACCUCACAAUCCAAUGUCAGACAUAGACAACCUUCAGCACCGCCUUUAAGGAUGGAGAGGAUCUCACUGGACAAGGGUCAACUGUUGUGCGCUGAGAUAAAAGAGUGCUCAAUAAGGCGUUCAAGAUCUGGUCCCAGUACAUCGUUAGAUUACAUAAGAGACAAUUUGAAGUAUAAGUCAGGUGAUUGGUAUGAUGCACUUCGUAGCAGUUCAGCGACUGGACAGAGAUGGCGGUCCCCAACGAUAAACUGUGCAGAUUUAUUCAUGCGAAGGAGGCAGCCAUCUCUGCCGUUCUGGCAACAUCAACUACGUUCGAAAGUGUUCGUCAUAUCCUUAACUAUUAUUGCUGCUCAUAUAACACUUUGGUUGCCUUACAAUAUAAUCAGCACAUCAAGAUUCAUCAGUUAUGACUUCUUCACCUGGGCCUGCGAUAACGGAGGUCAUCUUCUUGAAGAUCUCAUCAUUGUUAACUCCUUAAUCAAUCCAAUUAUUUAUGGAUGUGCUACGUAA